AUGGAGCAGAAUUCUUCACUGGUCGAGGCGACGCGUCAUUUCAAGUCAAUACCAUGGUGCGCCGCUCUUCUUGAGCGUCCUAGUGUGAUUACAUUUACCCCUACCUCUAGAUUGCCAGAGGAUCCUACCGGCCACUCUCCAUCUCAAGAUCAAUUAUUUCGGAAGACGCUCAACAAUGCCGACACCGUGCCACACUGCAUUGGCUUUUACGAAAGCCCGGCUUCCUCUAAUUUGGAUAUAGAGGCAAGCCCGUCUACCCCGUUGGGCCCACCCUCGCAACUUGGCCUGCAACUUCUGAUCAACUCCUCAUCCCUAAUUUUCGACCUACGUCCAGGUGUGAACGGAUAUAAUGGCACAGCCCACGGCGGAUUCGUUAGCUCCCUGAUAGAUGAGGCAAUGGGAAGUCUUAUUUUCAUCAAUCAUCAAGUUCAGAUACGUGAAGAAGCACAGGGGCGGCGUCUUCCACGAGGCGUUUUGGAUUUGAAUAACGUCCGAUUCUUUACUGCGAGCAUGACUGUGCGGUUUCUGAAACCUCUGCCUACCCCACAAACUGUCGUCGUGACAGCAUCUCUUAACAGAAUAGAGGGGCGAAAAAUGAGUUUAGAUGUAACGGUCAAGGACGAACACCAGGUAGAGUUUGCAAGAUGUGAUGGGCUCUGGAUGUCGUUGCCGAAAGAGAAGAUGUAA